AUGGCAGCCAUGAACUCAAGUGUAUUGGCAUGCAACUAUGCCGUAUCCGGCACUGAACUCAACGCAAAGGUUUCGUCUGUGCCUCAUGUAGCAUUUUCUGCUGCACCGGUUCAAAAGUUGCCGGUGAUCAGGGCCGGGUGGGUCUCUGACUCGAAAGAAUCGGCCAGAAGAGCUGCAAUUCUUGGCCUUGGAGCUGCCCUUGUCACUGGUGUUGUUUUUACAUCAUCAGCAAAUGCUGGCGUCAUUGAAGAUUAUAUUGAAAGGAGCAAGGCCAACAAGGAAUUGAAUGACAAGAAGAGGCUGGCUACAAGUGGUGCGAACUUUGCCCGAGCUUUCACGGUUCAAUUUGGCACAUGCAAAUUCCCUGAAAACUUCACUGGCUGCCAAGAUCUUGCCAAGCAAAAGAAAGUACCAUUUAUUUCUGAUGACUUGGAGUUGGAGUGCAAAGGGAAGGACAAAUACAAAUGUGGUUCCAAUGUGUUCUGGAAAUGGUGA